GCCCCCGGGGAAGGACGUUGUUGCACUUGAAGAAGAACCUGAGAGGAACCAGGACACAGGGAGCAUGGGUGUCUGGACCUCAGGCACUGAUAUCUUCCUAAGUCUUUGGGGGACCUAUGUGUCUCCAAGAAGCCCUGGAUGGAUGGACUUUAUCCAACAUUUGGGAGUUUGCUGUUUUGUUGCUCUCAUUUCAGUGGGCCUCUUCUCUGUGGCCUUCUACUGGGUUGUGUCCUCGUUCACAGUCUUUGCCACCUCCUGGAUGAUAACAUGUGUGCUGCUGUGCUGCUCCAAGCACGCGCGAUGUUUCCUUCUUCUCUUCUUCCUCUCUUGCGGCCUGCGUGAGGGCAGGAAUGCUUUGAUUGCAGCUGGCACAGGGAUUGUAAUCUUUGGACACGUGGAAAAUAUUUUUCAUAACUUUAAAGGUCUCCUGGACAGUAUGACUUGCAACCUCAGGGCAAAGAGUUUUUCCAUACAUCUGCCACUUUUGAAAAAAUACAUUGAAGCAAUUCGGUGGAUUUACCGCCUUAUCACCCACCCAAGUCUAUUUGACGACCUCGUGUCUUGGAACCAGACCCUGGCGGUCUCUCUUUUCAGUCCCAGCCAAGCCCUGGAGGCACAGCUAAAUGACACUAAAGUCGAAGUCCUGGGUGUCUUGUACCAGAUGGUGACGGCGACAGAGGUGCUCUCCUCCCUGGGACGGCAGCUAUUUGCCCUUGCAGGGCUUUUGCUGGUGCUGCUGGGCACUGGCCUCUUCAUGAAGCGAUUUUUGGAUCCUUGUGGUUGGAAGUUUGAAAACUUUUACAUCACCAGACAGUUCGUUCAGUUUGAUGAAAGGGAGAGGUGUCAACAGAGGCCCUGUGUCCUCCCCCUGAAUAAGAAGGAAAGGAGGAAGUAUGUUGUGGUCCCGUCUUUCUGGCCGACUCCUAAAGAAAGGAAGAAGCUGGGGCUGUUUUUCCUCCCCAUUCUCACCCAUCUCUACAUCUGGGUGCUGUUUGCAGCCGUAGAUUAUCUGCUGUAUCGGCUCAUUUUCUCCGUGAGCAAGCAUUUCCAAAGCUUGCCAGGGCUUGAGGUUCACUUGAAACUGCACAGAGAGGAGCAAGGAACUCAAGCCAUCAUCCAUGAUUCUCCCUUUAAUAUAUCUCUGUUUGAACCCAGCUGCAUCCCUAAACCAAAGCUCCUUCUGUCUAAGACCUGGAUUCCUCUCAGCAUUAUUCUUGUGAUACUAGUGAUGCUAGGACUGUUGUCCUCCAUCCUGAUGCAACUUAAAAUCCUGGUGUCAGCAUCCUUCUAUCCAAGCACGCAGAGGGAGCGCGUCCAAUACCUGCAUGAGAAGAUAUUGAAGAAAAGAUCAAAGCAGCCAGUGGGAGAAGUAAAAAGGAAACUGAGUCUGUACUUUACAAAGAUUCAUUUCUGGCUUCCAGUCCUGAAAAUGAUUAGGAAGAAACAAAUGGACCUUGCAGAUGAAGACAAUCCAUGAGACCCCACAUAGCUCCUCGGCCACACUGCACCAGCGAUUCUCCAGUCUGCUGAUGGUGGUUACUACUCAACCUGCUCAACAACAGAGAACUAGCCUGCAUGUUCCUUCAGGGGGCUGAGUUUGCAGGGCCAAACUACUUCUCUUCAUAAGGCCGAAGGGCUACCAGGUAAAGGGUUAUGUCAUCUGUCUUCCAAACAAGGCACGUGAUCUAGACUGUGUCGCAGUGCAACAGGACUAUAACCAGGCUCUUUGAAGAUGAGUCUCAGCAUACAGUAAUAUUCAAAGAAAAAAAGCAAGUAAAUUAGAAAAAAGUCAAAAUCUCUACUGCAGGGUCACAAGCAAAUGCCAAGAAGAACAUACACGUGUAAUGCCAGUCACAUAUCUCUAAACUCUUCUGUCGCCUCUCUGCCCUUCUUAAUUUCUUUCACAGCCAUUCCCUACCACCACAACUGUCUCUCUUCCUCCUGUUCUCUUAUUCAAAAACCAAGAACUCUUUCUGAAACCCAUCUCCAGGAGCUCCUAAUUUCUUCUCACCACCACCUCUGCUCCCAUCUUCUGCUUUCCUGGAUCUCUUUUGUUUUUUCCUCUUCUACCAAAUCCUCUAUCUGGUAUUUACACCAGGGCGGCCAAGGGACCACAUGUAUCCAAAUUAUAUGAAAUAUUUGUUUAAAUGUGCAUCUUGGGUCUCUGUCUCACUAUAUUCAAUAUACUAUUAUAUAUAAUAGGGCCGAUUUCCCCUAUACUGAAAAUAGCUAGGAGGGAGAAAAACCUCCUUGAAUAUUGAUUCUAUUAUCUCUAAAGUCCCAGAAUGGGGAAGAAAUGCAGAAACGUUGAUUUUUUUUUUUUUUUUACUUUUCAUUUUGAAAAAUUUUCAGACUCAGAAGAAAGUUGCAAAACAGCACAGAGUUCCGUUUCUCCUUUGCCGUCAUCCCCAAGUGUUAACAUCUGGCAUAGCCAUAGCACAGUGAUCACACAUUGCCUUUAGUUGUCAUGGUUCCUUAGUCUCCUCCAAUCAGGGAUAUUGCCUUAGUCUUUCUUUCUUUUUCUUUCACGACUUUGACACUUUUCAAGCAUACUGGCCAGUUAUCUUGUAAAAUAUCCUUUGAUUUGGAUUUGUCUCAUGUUUCCUUGUAAGUAAACUCAGAUAAUGUAUUUUUGGCAAGAAUACCACAAAAGUGUUGCUGUGCUCUUCUCAGCACUUGACAUCAAGGGGGUACAUGAUGUUGACAUGUCUCAUUACUGGUGAGGUUACUUUUCAUCACUUGGUUAAAAUGGAGUCUGCCAGAUUCUUCCACUGUUAAAAUUACUGUUUUUUCCUUUUUAAUCAAUAAGUAGAUUGUGGAGAAAUACUUUAAGGCUAUGUAAACAUCCUCUUUCUCAUCAUAGAUUUACCCUCUGAUUUUAGCAUCCAUAGAUGCAAAACUGAGGCAGCCAAACAGUGAUUUUCUAUUUUCAUAAUAUCUUCUACAUUUCUUAAUUGGAAUUCUACACUACCUCCAGAAAGAAACAUUUUUUUCAAAGACUAAACUUUGUUUCAAGCACCAGAGUAGGCAUUUCCAUGAUCUCAUUUAUGUUUCACGACAACCGUGUGAGGUAGAUGUUAUCACUUCCAUUUUCUAGAUGAGAAAACUCACCCUCAGAGACCCUGACUGAGCUGGCCUGGGCUUGGGCUGGGCAUUGACAUGGUUAAAGUUCCCAAGCAAUUUUAACGGGCAGCCAAGACUGAGAACCACCAUUCCAGAAAGUUUUACUGAAUUGCAGUCCUUUGAUUCACGUCUUCAGUGAUGAAAUUUCUCUAAGAGAGGAGCCUUCAUUAGAAAUGUGUCUGCUUCAGCAUUUCCUGAAGCGUGCUCCUCAGACCACUGGUCCCUGAGUUGGUCCACAAAAAGAGUUGCAAUGUAACCAAAUCUUUACCAUCUGCCUUCCAAUCUCGAAGAUUCAUAAAGCAUUUUGGCAUAAUUCAAAACUUUGAGAAACCCUAUAAUAAAGAAAUCUCUUUAACCUUGUUUCACCCAGACUUUCCUUAAAUUAUUAAACCGAACAAUUUUACCUCUAAUAACUAUUAGGAUCAUGUAGGACCCAUUCUGCAUCUCAUGCUCAGGAAAAGGCUGAUAUAAUUGACAUGACUUCCAACAAAAAAGGAUUUGAGAAGGUGAAGAUAUAUUUGUUGUUUUGGCUUAUUUAAGUAUUCUGAUGAUUUUAUACUUUGUUGUGUUUUCUAAAUAAACAAAUGUAUAUAUUAAACUGAGGCAAUGUUUGAAUUUUGGUACUCAUUUUUCAUUUGUUCCUCCUACAGAGAAGAGAUCUGUUCCAUUUUAACUAAGGCAAAGAAUGAACUGCUCAAAUUUUAGAAGCUAUUGGAUGG